AAGUCCUCUCAAUGAGUAAUCUAUACAUACAUUCAACAAACUUAAAUGGGAUCGCCAUAAAAUAGCUCCAAACCAGCAGUAUUCAUCUCUCUCUCUCUCUCUCUCGCUCUCUUUCCCUCUCUCUCUCUCUUCAAAUUUUCUUCUGUGAAUCCAUCUUGUGCUGGGGUUUCAGGGAGAGAAGGGGAAGAACUGAGAGGAAGAAUGGCGGGUGGAGGGGUUGUGGACUCAAAGGGUGGAGCAAGGGCUCAUCUUUAUGAGUACAGAAUCACUCCUUAUUUCAUCUUUGCUUGCAUUGUUGGUUCCAUGGGGGGUUCCUUGUUUGGCUAUGAUCUUGGUGUUUCUGGUGGGGUGACUUCGAUGGAUGACUUCUUGAAGGAAUUCUUUCCAGGCAUAUACCGAAGAAAACAGGAACAUCUCCAAGAAACAGAUUACUGCAAAUAUGACAAUCAGAUCCUAACUCUCUUUACAUCCUCUCUGUACUUUGCGGCACUGGUUUCGACGUUUGGGGCUUCGCAUGUAACCAGAAACAAAGGUCGGAGGGCCAGUAUCAUUUUUGGAUCAAUCAGUUUCUUCAUAGGAGCUAUCCUCAAUGCGGCUGCACAAAACAUUGCUAUGCUGAUCAUUGGCCGAAUAUUUCUUGGCUUUGGCAUUGGAUUCGGCAACCAAGCAGUUCCUUUGUAUCUCUCAGAAAUGGCACCUUCAAAAAUCCGUGGAGCCGUUAACCAACUCUUUCAACUCACUACCUGCUUGGGGAUUCUUGUUGCCAACUUUGUUAAUUAUGGAGUUGAAAGAAUCCAUCCAUGGGGAUGGAGAUUGUCUCUUGGUUUGGCUGCAGUUCCAGCUAUCCUUAUGUUCAUCGGUGGUAUUUUCCUCCCUGAGACUCCAAACAGUCUUGUGGAACAGGGGAGACUAGAUGAAGCCAGACAGAUCUUAGAAAAAGUUAGAGGCACUCCAAAAGUCGAAGCAGAAUUUCAAGACCUCAUUGAUGCAAGCAAUGCGGCUAAAGCCAUAAAGCAUCCAUUCAGAAAUCUUCUGAAAAGGAAAAAUCGUCCCCAAUUGAUAAUAGGAGCUCUCGGGAUCCCAGCAUUUCAACAACUAACUGGCAUGAACUCAAUUCUUUUCUACGCUCCGGUCAUAUUUCAAAGCUUAGGAUUUGGUGCUGGAGCAUCGCUAUAUUCGUCCGCUAUUACUAGUGCAGCCCUUGUUCUGGCUACAUUCAUAUCUAUGGCUUUUGUUGACAAGUUUGGUAGAAGAGCUUUCUUUCUGGAAGCUGGCUGUGAGAUGAUACUCUGCUCGGUUGCCAUUGCCAUUACUUUGGCUCUAAAAUUUGGACAGGGCGAAGUGCUUCCUAAAGGAAUCGGCAUCUUUCUAGUAGUCGUGAUCUGCAUAUUCGUUCUUGCUUACGGUAGGUCUUGGGGUCCAUUGGGCUGGUUAGUCCCCAGCGAGCUCUUUCCAUUAGAGACAAGAUCAGCAGGCCAGAGCAUGGUGGUUUGUGUCAAUAUGAUCUUCACAGCACUGAUUGCUCAGUGUUUUCUCGCGGCUCUCUGUCAUCUCAAAUACGGUAUUUUCUUGCUGUUUGCGGGCUUGAUUUUCAUCAUGAGCAGCUUCAUUUUCUUGCUGUUGCCGGAGACGAAGCAGGUCCCGAUAGAGGAGAUACAUUUGCUAUGGCAGAAUCACUGGUUCUGGAGGAGAUACUGUGGACCUGACGUCAAAUCACAAGAACUGCAAUUGCAAAAGAAAACUGAUCAUCAGGUUUAAAACUGUUGCUAGUGAAAUAAAUUUGAAUCAUAUUCUGGUCAAUUUUAGGUUUAUGCCAAGCUUAGAAGGGUAUUUGCAGAGAAAAGUUACUCUUCAAGAGUUUGUAUUUGGGAACACAUUUCUCAGAAAAUACAUUUCUCAAGAGUUUGCACAUCUAGUCCUAUUGUUUACAGACUUCACAACUAAAACCCCAGAGUUUCGGAAAAUAUGGCAGAAAUGGUCCUCCAGCUAGCAGACGUUAAAACCUUGACGGAAAAAAAAGCACCUGCAUCUCACGUGAGCUGUUAGCAAAUUUCAAAACUCGCACGUGAGGAGGAUUGGGGUGAAAAAAGUCGCUUAACAUACCAAAAGUCAAAAGCCCCAAAUCGAGAAACUUCCGAACCCCAAAUCCAUUUGAAAGCCAAGUGUUUAUUUUUCCUUCGAAAUGCUGAAGUGAAAGUAACUGUAUACGUGAGUGAUACAUACUUAUUUUCAUUAAGAUUUUAACGUCCGUCAGUUGGAGGACUAUUUCUGCCA